UUACAAAAGAAAUCGCUAUACCUUUGUAAGAUAAUGAUAUGCCAAAGAGAAAUGUUGUAAAGCCCUCUUCAUAAAAUAAUUUUGCUCGAGUGGUGUUUCAUUUGGAGAAAAUAAGUUUUCGAUCCAAAAGGGACAUAGUUUAUAUAGUAUCCAAGGCAACAGUUCUCUUUUUAUUAGUUGUUAGACGAUUUAGAGACAGAAAUAACCAUGUCUGACGGUGAAUCAGUUAAAGUCAUCGUAAGAUGUCGACCCAUGAACACAAGAGAGAAGGAUCUGAAAUGUAAAACAUGCAUUGCUAUGGAUAGCAAAAAGGGGCAAUGCUCCAUCAAGAAUCCAGAUGACAAGAAAGCACCACCAAAGAUGUUUACUUUUGAUGGAGCUUAUUUCGUUGAUUCAACGACAGAGAAUAUCUACAAUGAAAUAGCCUAUCCAUUAGUAGAAGGUGUAACAGAGGGUUACAAUGGAACCAUCUUCGCCUAUGGCCAAACUGGCUGCGGCAAGUCAUUUACUAUGCAAGGAAUUACAGACCCAGCAACUCAAAGAGGAAUCAUUCCAAGGGCAUUUGAUCAUAUAUUUGAAACAGUCUCCGUAGCAGAAAGUACCAAAUUUUUACUCCACGCAUCUUACUGUGAAAUAUACAAUGAAGAAAUCCGUGACCUCUUGGGAAAAGAUGUGAAACAAAAACUUGACCUGAAAGAACACCCAGAAAAGGGAGUUUAUGUGAAUGGGCUUUCAAUGCAUCCAGUGCACAAUGUUGCUGAUUGUGAGAAAGUCAUGUCCAGAGGUUGGUCCAACAGAGCUGUAGGAGCCACGCUGAUGAAUGCUGAUUCCUCCCGCAGUCACUCUAUAUUUACCAUCAAUAUUGAGAUGGUCACGGAGGAUGAGGCCGGGGAGGAGCAUAUUAGGGCGGGGAAAUUAAAUCUUGUAGAUUUAGCAGGAAGUGAAAGACAGGCCAAAACAGGUGCCACCGGUGACCGAUUAAAGGAAGCAACAAAGAUCAAUCUCUCUCUUUCUGCCCUUGGAAAUGUCAUCUCGGCUCUGGUUGACGGUAAAUCUAAACACAUACCCUACAGAGACUCCAAGCUAACCAGACUUCUCCAGGACUCUCUGGGAGGCAACACAAAGACUCUAAUGGUCGCCUGUUUGUCACCUGCUGACAAUAACUAUGACGAGACCUUAAGUACUCUUCGGUAUGCCAACCGAGCCAAGAACAUCCAGAAUAAACCCAAGAUUAAUGAGGAUCCUAAGGAUGCUCUGCUGAGACAGUACCAGGAGGAGAUCGAGAAACUCAAGGCCAUGUUGAUGGGUCAGAUUCCACUACCAGAGGGAGGACUGGGAAAUAUAGAUGCCUCAAAAAUUCAAAGACCCAAGAAAGAUUCUGAAUCAUCAACAAGAGAGGAGCUGGAAGAGGAGAAAAGAAGACUUAGAGAGGAGUAUGACAAUGAGCUAGAAGGAUUAAAAGCAGAGUUUGAACGAGAGAAAAGCGACAAGAAAAAAAUCCAGCAAGACAUGCUGAAGUUGCGGGCAUUUUACGACACAAAAAUGUCGUCCGUGGAUGGUCAGAUUGCUGUACUUCCCCCCACUGCUGCAGUACUAGGAGAGAUAGAAUGGCAGGAUGAGAACGGGCAGAUGCUUAAAUUGGAUGAGGAUGUGUUUUCCGGUGGUAUGGAACCCCAAGCAGGGCAACAAGUGGUGACCAAGGAUGGUAAGACUGCUGUUGUGGCAUCAGCCCAGGGUGGCCAAGAAGUGGUGACUGGUGAUGGUAAAGUGGUAGUUCUACCACCUGGAAGUCAGGUGGUAACAGAGACACAGAGUGGUCAACAGCAAAUAAUCACUCCUGAUGGCACUGUGGUUGUGGCAGCCAGUGGGCAAAAAGUUGCUGUCCAGCCCACAAAACCACCUGUUAAAACCACUGCUGAUGGCAAGGUGAUCGUUAUAGACUCAGAUGGUCAGGAAGUGGUGCAGCAGCCAGGUAUACCUGUUGUUAUGCAGGAUGGACGAACUGUGAUGGUGGACCCAAAGACAGGUAGACAGGUGGUCAAGCAAACUGUGGUAGUGGUCAAUCAAAACAAUCAGAUGAUUAAUGAGGAUGGUAAUCUAGUCAAUGAGAAAGGUCAGUUGAUCAACCCUGAAGGUCAAGUGGUGGAUGCUUACGGACGGGUUCUGACUGAAGAGGAACUGGCGCAAGCUAAUGCUGUGGCUGGGGAAACAAAGGUGAUAAUAAAGACUGUGACAAAUACAGAAUACAUCAAAACUACAGAGUUUGUAGAGGUGGAAAAAACAGCAGGGCCAGAUUCUGUGUCUGGUGCAGAUCUUCCUGAAGGACCAGUUGUUGCUGGCACUGAGGGGUUGAAGACAGAUGAAAAAGAAUAUGAGGAGGGUACAGCUAUAAUGGUUGGUGGAGCUCCUGUACUUGAACAUGAGGGUCCAAUUGCUCCUAACUCCUCCCCUACCCAAUCUGGUAUGCAGGACCAGAUGAAACUCCACCAGGAGGAAGCUUAUAGGAGGUUACAAGAACUGGAAAAGCAAAUGGUUGGUGGAGAGAAAAAGGAUGAUAAAGCAACCAAAGAAAGGAGGCGGAAACGAAAAUUGUUUGCUGAUGAGAGAAAGCAGAAGCUUGCAGAGGCCAUUGCUAAUAUGGAUGAUGAUUUCAUUCUCCUCCAAAUUUAUGAUGAAACUCAGGAUGAAGUCAGAGACAAAGAUUUGGAAGUCAGGAAAAUAGAAGCAAAGAAUGAAAGUUUGCAGAGAGAAAUCAUUGAUAUACAGUCUGAGUUCCAGUUUGAGAGAAUUGAUUACUUGGACACCAUUAGAAAACAAGAGAAGGAUUUGGCCCUUCUGCAGGCUUUGCUGGAUAAGAUCCACCCUUGUUUGAGACGUGACUGCAAUUAUUACAACCUUGACAAGGUCAGACGGGAAUGUAAGUGGGAUGAUGAUGAUGGAAAGUGGAUCCUCCCCCGCAUGUCCAUCAAUAACACAGCCCUGUCUGUAGCUGAAAAUGGAAUCAGUUCUGCACCGAGAAUAAAUCAUGAGGGUGUAAUGCCAGGGGGACGUCAGAUGGAGGGAAGAAGUAGACCAAGACUCUCCAAUGGUGACGUGCAGCCCAGUAUCUAUGACAACGAGGAGGAUCGCUUCAAAGAGAAAAUUAUGAGGAGGGAGGACAACUCCAGUAAAUAUUUCCAGGGAAAACGAGCCAGCCAGCUUCUACAGUCCAACGAGCCAAUUAACAGAUUCAAUAUCAGUGAAGUAAAGGAUGCGUACAGCUUGAAGAGUCCACGAGGAUCCAUGACCAAUGGUCACAUGACGGAGGACCCAAUGAGUUCUGGACUGCGGGCAGCUGCCGUCCAUGGUCAGUUAUUGCAGGAGGACUCCAUGGUCCGAAAACCUACACGUUUAGAUGCCCUGCCCUCUGUUAACACAAAGAAGGGCAAAAAGAAGAAAAAUGCCCUUGGCCCCUUGUGAUGAAGGUCCAACAUUAUGUCAUUCUAGAGAUUAAGGGUUAAGAUGCAAUCUAUAUUUGUAUUACAGACUUUUUAAUUCUAUCUGACCAGAUAUUUAUUGCUGAAAGUGGAAUUCAGGUGAUUUCUGAAAGGAGCUGAUGUUGACCUGUUUUAAGAGAUGUGAUUUUAAUUGUCAGUCAUUGAAAUGUUUCAAAAAAAAAAUGCAGGGAAUAAACAAAUAGAUCAUUGACACAUAAUUACAUGUAAUUAUUAUCAGCAAAAGUCCUCUAUUUUAAUUGAGUGUAAGUAAAAUCAGUAUUUUCAUACUCUCUAGCUUGGUGUAACUUUCUAAUGUUCUUGCCAUCUUUAUAUUUGUAUGAAGUUUUUUUUUCUUAUUUAAGUAUACAGUAGCUAAUGAAGUCAAAACUUCACUAUGAGGCAUCUCUAAAUAUUUUAUAGCUGUACAGGGUUUAUAUACACUCAUCUCAUGACAUUUCCUGUAGCACAUGUGGUUAGUUCCCAUGUAAAUACAAUAUUUCUCCUGAUAAGACUAAGUGACCUUCAUAAAUCAAUAAGUAUUGCAAAAUAUUUUACAAAUUUCAAGUCAUUGUAAAUUGAUAGAUGUUAAAAUGUGAUUAUUAUAUCCCACUCCGAAGGAGAGAGGGGUAUACUGUUUUACCCUUGUGUGUGUGUCUGUCUGUAUGUCUGUAACAAAUUUUGGUCGCAGUUUUCUCAGCAACUACUCAUCACAGAUGCUUGAAAUUUUAGCACACUCUUUGUUUUGGCAUGCCAUAUGGCGGGAAUCAUAUUUGCAUGAAUCAAAUGUCAACUUCUUGUUUAUCCCUGUGACUGUCCAUAACAUUAUAUUCACAUGAGAGCAUAUAUUCACAACAGAGUGGGGGUAUUACUAGUGAGCACUGGCUCACAGAAUUCUUGUUUGCAAUGUGUUCACAUAUAGAUUAUUAUGUUACUAUUAUCUAAAGAAGAUUAAUGUCCAUACAAGCAUUAGAACAGUUGGUACUCAAUCUUGGAAUUAUGAAAUAGUUAUUGUUUGUAUAACCAAAAAUUAAAAGAGUAAUUAACAUCUUUUUUAUGUGCAGGUUGGUGCAUGCAAAUAUUAUAUUCUAUUUUGAGUAGUGCACAGUAAAAUUUUUGGAAAGGAAUUCUUUAGUAUGAUGUAGACUGCUGUGAUAAAUAUACAUUUUAUAUAUAAUCAUUGUGGUGAUAACUGUCAAACUUGGGACUAUACAUUGGCCAUGAAAUUGUCUUUCAUAAAAUGCAUGAAAUCCGUCCAAGACAUUGUCAAUUGUUGAUUAUUUCAAAUUUUAUCAAAUCAGUUGUAUAAUUUUACUGAAACAUUUUGUUUGUUGAUGAGUCAAUAUGUACAUUUGUAUAGCAUUUUAUAUUUAUUUUACACUAUGUGAUUUUAGAUUAAUUAGGUAACAUUAAUCUCAAUCACUUUUUCUUUUUUUUAAGUUAAUGUUUUAGUUUAUGAUAAAAAUUGUUCUAGUGGUUGGAUACUUGGGUGCAAUUUAUUAACAAUUAAAAGUGCUAGAUAUCCAUUAUCACCAAGCAAAUCUCACAAUGCUGGCAUUCCUUUAUUGUGAUGAAAUACUGUAUUACAGCAAACAUUUGGCUAUAAGAAAAAAAAAACAUUAAUUGAAGGGUUUGGUUUCUUUUUUAUGUAUAUUAUAGCAUUUAUGAUUUUGUCUUUCAGUCAUUGUAAAAGUUCUUGUCCACAAAGAAUACCGAUAAAUGGAGUAGAUUUUUGCUCAUUUUCCAAUAGGAUAAGAUUUAAAUUCCUGUUUCAGUAGAGGAAUCCUCUAAAUUUGGGAAAGCUCUUUGAACUAGUACAUGCUUUACAAAUCUUUGAAUUCUUUAAUUCAUUCCUUUAAGUAUUGGAUGUUUUUUUUAAGGACAAAAAAAACAUGCAUUCUGCAUUUUCUAAUAAUCUGACAAUAACUCAUGAAAACUUUGCCCAAAUGACUUAAUUUUUCUUACCUCUGAGUUUUAUUUUACUUAUUUGUUUAAUUAAUAUAUAGCUAUGUGUGUUUAAUGUUGUGUUCCUUCAGGUUAUACUUACAAUCCGUCCAAACUGUACGUUGAUUUUUAUUUAAUGACUUUGAGAAAAUGAAGUUGAUGUUUUGUGAUUACUUUAUCUUGCAAGUCAAAACUUGUCGACAAAUCCAUUUUUCCUUAUAUAAUGGUGGCACGAUAUGUAUCUGUUGACAUUUGUCAUCCCAAUCAUCACAUGAUGUUGUCUCUUCAUGAACACAGUAUUUAUAGAUGUAGAAAAUGACCUUGUUGUUCAAGUUUGUCAAUAAAAUACUUCUGUUUUUCAAUGAA